AUGUCUACGCCGGAAGAUGCAACCCUAACAGAGAAUGCAGACUCGGUAACCCCAAGGUUAGUUCCCAGUGAAAACGGUUCAGUUGCGGAGAAGGAGGGGAAAUGGACGGCUGCUCUUCACGCCUUGAGCGAUGAGGAGCGUCAGUUGUUCCAAAACCUCGAUGCCGAAAAGCCUGCCUUGGGUAUUCUGCAAUAUGUCCUCGCGGCAACUCUCAAGAAGAAGGAGGACUGCUUAAGGAAGAGGAGGAAAGUGAGGAUUCCAGGUCGAGAGAUUGUAAUUCGUGAUGUGCUCGACAAGUUGUCCGCUUGGGUCACAAAGUUCAUCAGCAUAGGUGAUAUAAUCGUGCAGUACGACCCUGUGCAUGCAGCGCUGCCCUGGGCUGCGGUCCGCUUCGUGCUGCAAGUGGCCGUGAAUGAUUUCGAGACGCUUGACCUCGCGCUUUCUUCCAUAGAACGUUUGGUAAACUACAUCACGAUCUCUAGUAUAUUCGAAGUGCAAUAUCUCCAGCCCAAGCAUCACCAUCUCGACGUUUACCCUCAACUUUUUGAAGCAGUCGAGACUCUCCACACGAAUGUCCUAAAGUUCCUGGGAUACUUACUCCGCUACUUCGGCUCCAGCACCAUCGCACGGCAUCUCAAGAGCAUAGUCGUGUCGAAAAAAGACAUAGAAGCCAAAUUUCAGCCCAUCGAAAAGUCAUGGCGCAGAGUGGACGAGCCAUCACGACUUGCGACUGCAGAAAAGAACGAGGAAGAAUGCGCUUGGAAAGAUCAGGCGCAUGGUUGCUCCGCAGCAAAGCUUUCCUGGACUGGAGUACCUGGGUCAGGAAAGACAAAACUGACUUCGCUGGUUGUGGACGAGCUUGUGCAAACGAACAAGGUUGCAUAUUUCUACUGCAUUCCAAGCCCUGCUGAGCCGCACCGAGGUCAGUGUGACAAGAUAGUCGCAAGCAUUGUACGACAACUGGCAAGCCUCAGGCCUGACCAGCCUAUACUUGGCCCCGUAGUCGAGCAAUAUCGAGAAGCGAUAGACGGGUUUUCUGAAUUUGAAGAUCAGGCUUGGUCUAUUGAAGAGUCCGACAGGGUUGUCCUGGAGCUUCUAGGCGAAUACCCCGCCGUUACCAUCAUUCUCGAUGCAUUGGAUGAAGUCAACUACGAAGAACGACAGACGCUCAUGGACGUAUUGUCAAGAUGGAUUCAAAAGUUUCGUUGGGUUGAGCUCCAGAUUCAGUCCCUGGUGCCACUCAAAGUUGCAGCGGACAAUCGUAAUCGACUGGGAAAACUGCCACCUACCCUUGAAGGCUCGUAUUGGGAGAUCUAUAACACGAUUCUAGAAUCUGGCAAACACGCAUCAAAACUGGCCAUCUUCACGUUUCAGUGGCUUUUAUAUGGGCAAAAAGUCAUUACAGCACACAACUUCGCCGCCAUCGCAUCAGCGUCUCUUCAGAUUCAAGAACCGAAUGGCGAAAAAAGGCGCUCCGACUCUCUAGAAGCUAUCACGACCGGUGAGAUUCUCGACGUCUGUGCUAAUCUCGUUGUUUUGCGCAACGGGGUGUUUGUGCUGGCUAACUUAUCUGUGCGAGAAUUCCUGGAAGGCCUUACCGCGCGGAGUGUUGAUACUAUGAUCGCAGCAAGAGGUAACGCCGCGAUUGCUGCGGCAUGUCUUCAGCUUUUCUUGACGAGGACCGAGGCAGCGUACGACGAACUACAGGAGUCAGCUGUGGCCGACUCUCCACGGGACACUAGAAAUACACAGUCACCAAUUGAAGAGGUGAUGGACUCACCUACUGGAACAAAGGGGCCGCAGUCCGAUGAUGCUGCUGAAUCGACCACAGCAGAACCGGCCUUGAAGAAAGAUGGCAACGAUUCGAUUGACGAUUCCUCUACGCCCGGGGCCGACGACUAUCAAUCUAAGGCUACGGUCAAAGCCCAACCGCCCGAACCUAAGCCGAUUCAUGUUAAGAUUGCUACUCACAUGAUCAAUAGCGACGAUUCGCACGCAUCAACCUACUCAUGCGUCUACUGGGCCCAACAUGUUCAGGCAUUAAAAGAACUGCGAACUAAGCACGCUCUAACAGUAUUACUCACCGAAUUUCUUGUCAACGCCAAGGAUUCUAAAAAAGUGACAAUAUCCUUUCAGGCUUGGCACGCAUUGGCAACUGUUUCGAACAACCCCGACGACUUUCCGGUUGAGAGCAAAUUUCACGACGCCGUACAAGAUAAACCAAGCCCAAUUUGGGUGGCCUGCUUGUACAGAUGGUACGAGCUAGUUGAACAAAUAUCACAAUUCAAUAGGUACGACGGCAUCAAUCAAGCACGAUCAAUCCAAAGCAUCGAAGCUCCGGAGGAGUGGGAUAUAACGCAAGGUGAUAUGACGCCACUAAUUUAUGCGGCUGUGUCGCGUGACAUGAAAUUGACAACUCUUAUUCUGGAUAACAUUGGCAUGGAAAUUCAACUGGGAGAGUCGUCAAUAGAAACGAAUCCAUUAAUCGGUGCAGCCGCAUCGGGCGAUGGCGAGAUGGUUUCCAUGUUGCUCGAGAGGGGCCAUGGCGGGCUUGAAAUUGAAGCCGACUCGUUACGUGCAGCAGCUGGUAUGGGACGCCCUGAGACGAUGAAUCUUCUGCUGGAGCAUAAUGGUGAUCUGAUACAAGAGGCGGGAUAUAGGGCGCUAAAAUUGGCUUGUGCCCGAGGUCAAAGGGAAGCUGCCGCUAUGCUUGUCGAAGCUGGAGCAUCAACAGGGCGUCGUGUAAACCUCGUCGCGUCCGCCACGUACUACAGCCAUUACGACGUGUUGAAGUACUUGCUAGACAGGCAGAUUGGUCUGUCGGGCAUUGCUCGGUUGCUGAGCCUGGCUGUGUCGCACGGCGACGAUGAGGGAGCGGCCAUUCUUCGCACACACGGGGCUAUACGAGAAUCUGUGGCCGUAAUUCGAGCCAUCAAAGCAGGUACUCCCAGAUCCGCUAUCCGACUGAUCGAAGCUGGGUUUGACGUGCAACGGCAUCAUUUCCUAGAGCGAGACACGCCGUUGCACGUUGCGGCGCAGCGAGGACAUACGGGCCUUUUGAGCGCAUUGAUCAAAGCUGGAGCCGGCCUACUCCUUGAUGCAGAAGCGGAUACCUUGAUAGAGGAUCGGACUGGGCACGUUCCACUGGAUAUCGCGGAGCAGAGCGCGGAUGAAAGCGUCGAGGACCUGAUUCGAAGCAAGAUGGAAGAGUUGUUGAGAGAGCUUCAGGAUUGGGACAAGGCACGGGCGCAGACAAUGACCGCAGACAAUGAGCCGAAGGACAAGGAACUUGACGAAACUCGAAGCGACGGCAUGAAGUAA